GUUUUAGGAGUAAGCUCCUUCCUUUGUGAUCACGGGGAAAAUAUUUGAUGGAACUAGAGUAAGCAAAAAGCCUUGUGCAGCCAGUUUGAGAUGUGCUCCCUGGAUUACAGAGAACCGCUCUUUAAGAGCAAUCUUUAAAGAAAUUAAACUUUAAAAUUACUUCACAGUGACUAAGUCGUACUUCCUCAGGCAGAUUAGUAGAAUAGAGAGAUCUUGGCAACAGUUUAAAAUGUAAAGAUAAUUGCUUGGGAUUAUUUCCCUGAGCUUUGUAUGUGGUCCUGUAAGAUGAUUUGGGGCAUCAGCGGUGAUGAAGAACCAGUCACUGGAAUUUCCAGUGCACGCGGCACUUUCUGCUCAGGACCCUGCUGCCCGGAGAAGGCAGUUACGCAGCGUGGAGGAUUUACAGGUGUCACCUCCAAAAGAGCCUUCACCCCGGGCUACGAUGGGAUUGUUUUGGUUGUUGCUGCUUUACAUCCACAUGCUAUCACCCACGUUUGCUGGAGGUGUCACCCGAGUUUAUUACCUGGGGAUACGCGAGGUGGACUGGAACUAUGCUCCAACAGGAAAGAACAUACUCGCGAACCAAGAUGUUGCACAUAACCUCAAGGCCUCAAUGUUCCUCCAGCCUGGCAAAGACAGGGUGGGAAGCACGUACAAGAAAUCUGUCUAUAAGCAAUACACAGACUCCACGUACACCACUGAGAUUCCCAAACCUGGCUGGCUGGGGUUCCUCGGGCCCGUCAUCCGAGCGGAAGUGGGGGAUACCAUUAAAGUGCACCUAAAAAAUUUUGCUAGUCGACCAUAUACAAUCCAUCCUCACGGUGUUUUCUACAACAAGGACUCUGAAGGAUCCCUGUAUCCCGAUAUGUCCCCCCAGGAUCAGAAGAAGGAUGAUGCUGUUUUCCCAGGAGGGAAUUACACCUAUACUUGGACUGUCCCUGAAGAUCACAGUCCAACUGCUGAUGACCCAAACUGCUUGACCUGGAUCUACCACUCUCAUGUUGAUGCGCCAAAGGACAUUGCAUCUGGGUUAAUUGGGCCAUUGCUUACGUGCAAAAAAGGAAUACUGACUGGCGGUUCUCAAAGACGCCAGGAUGUGGACGUCGAUUUCUUUCUGAUGUUCAGUGUGGUGGACGAGAACCUAAGCUGGUACCUGGAUGAGAACAUAGUGUCAUUCUGCACAGAUCCGGGCUCCGUAGACAAAGACGAUGAGGAAUUCAAAGAGAGCAACAAAAUGCAUGCUAUUAAUGGUUAUGUGUUUGGGAACCUCCCUGAGGUGACGAUGUGUGCUGGGGAUUACGUUUCAUGGCACCUCUUCGGGAUGGGCAAUGAAAUUGAUGUUCAUACAGCCUACUUCCAUGGAGAAACGCUCAAUAUUCGAGGCCACAGAACAGAUGUGGCCAGCCUCUUCCCAGCCACUUUUGUUACAGCAGACAUGAUCCCCAGUAACCCUGGGAAAUGGCUGCUGAGCUGUCAGAUCAAUGAUCACAUACAAGCUGGGAUGGCAGCACUCUAUGAAGUCAGGCACUGUUCUCAGCAAGCUCCAGCAUCCACCCUGGAAGGGAGAGUUCGGAAAUACUACAUAGCUGCAAAGGAGGUGCAGUGGGACUACGGACCUUCAGGGCGCGACCAAAGCAGUGGGAAACAGCUGAGUGAGGCAGGCAGCCCUGCAGAGCAGUUUUUCAAGCGCAGCCCCUACCGAAUUGGAGGAGUCUAUUGGAAGGCAAAGUAUGUGGAAUAUACUGAUGAGAGCUUCCGUGAGGAAAAGCAGCCAUCGGAAGAGGAGAAACACCUUGGGAUACUCGGUCCAGUGAUCAAAGCUGAAGUUGGAGACACCAUUCUGGUGACGUUCGUUAACAAAGCCUCCUGGCCUUUCAGCAUCCAGCCUCACGGAGUGUCCUAUGGGAAGGCAUGGGAAGGGAUGUACUACCAUGAUGGUCUGUCCCAGAAUGGGAUUUCUGUUGCGCCGCUGCACAACUUUACGUACCGCUGGACUGUGCCGAAGCACGUUGGGCCCACGUCCAGCGACCCUCCCUGCCUCACCUGGAUGUACAGCUCGGCUGUGAAUCCCAUCAAAGACUCCAGUUCAGGCUUAGUAGGGCCUCUGGUCAUCUGCAAGGCAGGCGCUUUGGAUGACAACAACAAACAGAAAGGGAUCGACAAAGAAUUUUACCUUCUCUUCAGCGUGUUUGACGAGAACCUCAGCUGGUAUUUAAAUGCAAACAUAAAGUACUAUUUGAGGAUGGAAGAGACUUCUGUGGAACAGGACGAUGGCUUCAAGGAAUCAAACAGGAUGUAUGCCAUCAAUGGACUUAUGUUUGGUAACUUGCCCGGGCUGAAUGUGUGUGAAGGAGACAAUGUGUCCUGGCAUCUGCUGGGCUUGGGCAGCGAAGCGGAUGUACAUGGAGCUGUGUUUCAGGGAAACACGCUGCAGAUGAACGGGAUGCGGAGAGAUUCAACCAAUUUGUUCCCCCACACGUUUGCUACUGCCUUCAUGCAACCUGAUAACAACGGGAUUUUUGAGAUCUACUGCCAGACGAGCAGUCAUUAUCGGGCUGGGAUGAGGGAGCGCUACUCCGUUUCCAAGUGUGGAAAAAGGGAUCCUGCUCCUGCCCCGCAGUACAAAGGGGUGCGGACACAUUACAUCAUGGCAGAGGAGGUGGUGUGGGACUACGCGCCUGACCGAAGCUGGGAGAGGGAACGGCACAACCAUUCUGCGGAGAGCUACGCCGAUAUAUUUUUGAGCAACGAGAAUGGACUGCUCGGCUCCAGGUACAAGAAAGCAGUUUACAGGGAGUACACCGACGGGACUUUCCGGACCCCCAAGGCCAGGAUGAACGGUGACGAACACCUAGGGAUACUAGGUCCUUUUCUGUGGGCGGAAGUGGGAGAUAUUCUCAACAUCGUGUUUAAGAACAAUGCCACACGACCCUACUCCAUUCAUGCUCACGGGGUGCUGGAAAGGGAGACGGGACAGCCGCAAGUAGCAAACCCUGGCGACAUUGUGACAUACCGAUGGGAAGUUCCCGAGAGAUCUGGUCCAGGGCCAAACGAUUCGGCCUGUGUUCCUUGGAUCUACUACUCCAUGGUGGACCCAGUAAAGGAUAUGUACAGCGGUCUGAUCGGACCCCUGAAGAUCUGCCGGAGAGGGGCACUGCAGUCUGAUGGGAUCAGGAAGGAUGUAAAGAGGGAGUUUGCUCUACUGUUCCUGGUUUUUGAUGAAAACGAGUCAUGGUACUUGGAGGAGAAUGUGGAACGUUACAGUAAGGGAAAUCACAAGGAGAUCAACCUGCUGGAUGACAAAUUUGUGGAAAGCAACAAAAUGCACGCCAUCAAUGGGAGGCUCUACGCGAACUUGCCUGGACUGACCAUGUUCCAGGGUGAGUGGGUGAACUGGUACCUGCUGGGAAUGGGUCAGGAGAUUGAUGUCCACACAGUCCAUUUUCAUGCCGAGACCUUCAUAUACAAGAAUGGCAAAAGCUACAGAGCAGAUGUUGUGGAUCUGUUCCCUGGGACCUUUGAAAUGGUGGAGAUGUUGGUUGGGAACCCUGGGACAUGGCUGCUUCACUGUCAUGUGUCUGAUCAUAUUCAUGCUGGUAUGGAGAUCCUCUUCCAAGUCUUACCCAGAUCAGAGCCGGCGCUUGAAGUCAUAAACUACAGUCCAGAGUUGCCAUCCGAGGAUAAGGAUGAGUCCGAGAAGAUCCGGCUUUUUGGAGCUAAGUUGGCUCAAGGGCAGAUAGAGGCCACAGUCCUUGCCCUAGCCAUUAUAGGAACGGUGCUCUUCCUGGUCGCCUGCCUCCUCCUGGGAGUGGUCAUCUAUCUCGAGAGACAAAAGAGGUUACGACGCAAUCGGAGGUCCAUCCUGGAUGAUGGAUUCAAACUCGUGUCUCAAAAGACUUCGGGGCUAUAAAAGCCAUGUAUGAAUUCUGGCUGUGUGCUUGGAGCAGAGGCUGGAUCGUUGUCCACAGCAAAGAUUUUGGGGGAUCAUUUCCAUUGUAUGCUAGACUUCUAGGAGCUAAGGAGGGAGAGUUGGAGCUGUGACCUCCUCAUGUAUUCUCCUCAGUACUCUGUAAAGAAAAAGUCCGUCCAGAUCUGACAACUGACUGAAGACAAGUAACAUGAGUAACAAGGUCCUUCUAAAAUACUCCUCUUCCCCAAAAAAAGAGAGGAGACAUUUUCCCUAUUUUCUUCUCUCCAGAACAACUCCACUUGGUGGUCUUUCCCAGCUGACGAACUUAGGCCAGAUUCCAGUCUUGCUCCAUUGCCAGAGCUGAGUUGGGAAUUAUCUCCCAGGAAACUGUGAGCCUUUAAAGUAGUUAAUCUGAAGGAGGAAGGUAAUCUUUGCAUUUUUGUGAAUCAAAGAAGAAUACAGAAGAAAAAAAUCUUAAUUUAGAUUUGGAUUGCUGUUUUGUGAUGAGUAAUUGGAUAGAUGCAAAUUCAGGACAGUACAUGUCACAGUGUCUGAGAGCUCCAUCAAGGCCCAUGACAACGGCUGUGCCUCACCGUCAGCCCUGCUGCGACGCAUCCUGCUGCUCUCAGCACCCUGGGCAACGGGCUCUGAUAUCGGGCACCUGGCGUCUUGUGCUGGGAGAAGCUUUUCCGAGCACUGCGGAGCGUCCUGGUGAAUUCCCUGCGUCGCAGUUCUCAGUCUGCGCGUGAAGGGCUGUGCCUCAGCACCUGUACAGCUCCUUGUGCAACACGGACAAGGAUGCUGUGCUCUUCUGUGAUGUGCUUUGCUCUCUCUUUCAAAUACAUUUUACUGAAGUUACUCCAGAGUUGAGCUGUUGCCACGUUACUGCUGUGAGCCAAGCUAAAGACUCAGUCCUGUGCGAGCUGGAGUUUAUGCUUGGGACAGAAAAUGUCGAGGAGUGCUUCCUCCGUCGUGGUGCAACGGCAGUUUUGUCCAGGCAAAUGUGGCAACGGUGAAGGAGAAAGCUAAAGUGCCGGUGGAACUGAGCAGCGUGGAGCCAAUAAGCCGCAGCCCGAGGAGCAUGAGGUAGUGCAGCCCGAGAUAGGGAACGCUCGCCGUAACGAGGGGACCCUUGCCUUUUAGAUAGCCCAGAAUGACUGGGGUUAGAGAUGCAGAGGCCAGCCCUGAUAAAUAAAUGCUCGUGGAGCGUUGCUGUCUGCUGAACUCUCAGCUGCUAAUGACAGCCCCCAUGGGGAGAGGUGCUGGGGGAGCCUGCUCGGAGCCCGGAGGGGACAGGGGCAUGGCGGUGCCUUUGGGUUGGGGUCGGGCACCUCCUGGCACCCGCUCUCACAGCGACAGCUGCCUGCCAGGAGCCACGCUGUGCGGGUGGGUGGCGUAGCCCGGGACUAAGCCCAGCUCUGCAGCCCACCCGCAGGCUGUGGCAGCCGUCCUCCAGCGCGGCCGUGCCCGCGCACAUCACAGUCGCGUCGCCCUGCGUGUCAAGUGCCAAGCGGUUCCCUAUAAAAUAUCUAUCUUCCUGGCUCACCCACCCAAUCCCCAUUAUCUAAAUGGAUGCAGGUUAGUGCUUACAUAUUUCUGCCCCUGGUUUUAAAUUGGUAAGGGCGUAAAAGAAAUCCUUUCUGGCUGGCUUUCAGAGGCAAUUAAAGCAGAGCCAGCUAAAUGGCUGUAAUGACAAGGGACUGCUGUAGGCUAUUUAGGUAUAACAGCACCAUUUUAUUUAGAACAGUAGCUAUAACAUACUUAAUCAUGCUCAAUUCAUAUUGGGUCCCUGCGUAUUUCCACCCGCCCUUUCCUUUGGCAGUGGAGACAAAGCUCAUUAAUUUCCUUUCAUUACACUUCAUUAAGCCUGGUGAGGAGCUGGAGGGCUGUUGAAUGCUCUGAACAUGGGCACUCUGCUCACUGUCAACCCUGGCUCAGCUGUUGUUGCAAACCAGAGGUUUACAAGCCCAGCAGUCCUAGGUGAAUUUUAGAAGCGAUGUAUGUCAUCAGAAGUAAGAACCAAGCAGGAAACCCUUUUUAUUAUUUUUUUUUUUGGGGGGUGGAGGGCUGUUCCCUUUUGGCUUGUGGAACAAGUAGAUCAAAAACAUUCUCAGCCCACAGUGAGACAAAGAAGUUAGUGCAAAUGUAUCUGCUUGCUUCAAGAAAGCAGGAAGAGGGAGGUUGCCCUUUCUUCAGUUCUUCAGCCAGGGCACGAAGCGGGCUGGGAGCAGACCCGGCUUUGGGUGCUGGCUCCAAAGCGGGGCAGCAUGCAGCUGGAGCUGGGUCUCUAGGUUUGCACGUGUGCCUUAAACAGCAGGCUGCCAAAAUUCCUGCAGUGUAAUGUGUUUUUUGGGCCAAGUGUAGCCUCACUGGCAGAGGUCUCUCUCUCUUCCAGCGUGAGUAGCCAGGGCGCUCUUGAGCCCACACCCCAGCGGAGUGUGGCUGUUUUGGAGAGGACUGCGUCCUCUGAUAAGCAAUUCCACCCCAGACCGAGAAAACUCAAGGGAAGGCUUUGGACAAAACAGAUCAUUUUGCUGAAACUUUCUGUUGCAACAAACUGUGACGAAGAACAGUUUAUCAGCGACUUCACAACUGCCUCUAAUCAGAAGCUGGCUCUCCCAGCCGGUGGGCGUACGAGGAGGAGAUGAUGUUUCACAGUUCUGGUGACUGAGCUGGAGCCUGCGAACAAAUGUGUGUUUGCUUUGGCAGCAAGCCCUCUGUCUGAGCAUCCUACAGCCUCUUGUUUGUGCUUAUCCCUGGUGCACGUGUGGCUACCAAGGAGUCCCCUGCUCAAGAAGGCAGACAGCAAGGUGGGCAGGAGCAGGGUCUCAGCACCGCUGCUCCACGGGGAGACGCGGGGAUGGCGACAGCUCUCGUGCUGAGCUGAGGCAGUAGAUCAUGAGAGUGCUCCUGCUGCUUUUGCCAGUGCAAAAUAAACUGGCUAAGGUAUAACUCUGUUCUGUAGCGGUUCAAGAUAAAUGGUUCGCAGUAAUGCACGCUGCGAUUAGAGGUGCUCGUGUAAUCCAUUAGCAUGGCUCGGCUCAUAGGGGCAGAAGGGUAGAAAUACACAUAUACAUGCUUUUAGAUAGUUAAAUGCUAUAGGAAGCUUAAAACAAAAAGUCCACUCCACUUUCAGCCAUGCUGCCACUAAGAGGCCAGAACAGGUUUAUCUUCAUGGAAGAACUGGUCUCUCGGCUUUCGUAUGGGAUAAAUGUAAGAAGCAGCUAAUCUUUCCUAUUGUGUUCACUCCUUGUCUGCAGGUCUAAUGUGACCCUUCCUAGUCCCCAAUUAGGUGUGAUAAACUCUUCAGAAGUUUACCUAGAUGAUCACUCACCUAUGUAAAGUUACCCACGCUCUUCCAGGCUGUCUUAGCUUUGCAGUCACCCGAGUUACUCGUUUACAUGGCAGCAGCUGGGUGUUUGCAGCCGGGCUGAGAUGAAAAUCCCGUUACUAGUGCUGUCGCCUUGCUCCGCAACGGGCACAAUCACAGCCAUGUUACUUCAGCAGACAGACAAUCGCGUCCUCGCUCCACGUCAGGGCUGAGCCUGUGUUCAGCUGACAUUCCUUUGUACUCCCACUCAUCCCAGGGAUGUGAGAGAUGCGCGAGUCAAAAGCAGGGUGCCUUUUGGAUGUGCGCGUGAAGUAUGAAACGCUGUCUUGAUUGUUUUUUGUUGUUUUUCCUCAAAAUGCAAAAACUGACAUCAAAUUAACCUGAGGCACACCAUAAAAAAAGACUAACAGUAGUAACUGUCAGCAAAAGGAUUUGAAUGUCUUUCAGGUGUAAUGCAGUCUUUAGUUCUGAAUUAAAUAAUGUGUGGCUUAA